AUGCUCUUCGCUGAGGAGAUUGGCAUGGGCCAGGCGUCCUUUGAGAAUUAUCGCUCUCUAAGUGUCGAGACCCGUUCGGAGAUCCUAUCCAAGGAGGAGGCCUUGACCCGGUUCCCCAUCUUCCAGGACGCUAAUUGGACAGGCGUCAAGGAAAACUACUUCAACCCCCAGAGCGGAUGGGGUGAGGCGGACGAGGCUGUCGCCAGCUUUUUUACGGCCACCCUCGCGUCCGGCGUGGAGUUCAUCGAGGCAACUGCCGAGAAACUGGUCCUAGAUAGCGAUGGGAACUGUGCUGGCGUCGUCAUUUCUGAAGCGGGCGGCCCAAGCCGGGAGUUUCUCGCGGACCGGACCAUCUUGUGCGUCGGGGCCUACACGGAAAAGUUCCUGGCCGAUACGGCACCGGAGCGCAGCGAGUUGCAGGUCAACGGCCGAUUGAUUGCGGCCGGGGCGAUACAGUGCAAAGCUACUUACCCACCGGAAUAUGAAGAGCAACUGAGCAAAGCACCCGUUCACUUCCUAGGGAUGUGGCAUACCCACGGAGAAAGCAUCCCGGCCUUUAAAGGCCUCCUCAAAUUCAACUGCGAGGUCAGCUUCACCAACAUGACACGCCACGACGGACUCGGCAGGGACAUCUCAGUCCCGCCUCCGGCUGAUACCCAAACGUCCUGGAACCAGAACGUGCCUGAGGGGCUUAAACAGGAGGUCGCCAACGUCUUCAAGAAUACGGACGCCGUCAGUCCAAACCAGGAUCUCAUUAUCGACUACCACCCGAAGUGCGCCAACCUCGUGAUCGCCAGUGCCGGCUCGUUCCAUAGCUGGAAGUUCCUCCCCAACAUUGGUGAGUACGUCGUGAAGCGCAUCUUCAAUACUCUCGACGAAGACCUGGUGCGCAAGUGGGCAUGGGAUCGCGAGAACACUGGCGCGGCGUGCGAAAUAUUUCAAGGGCUGGCCAAAGACGGCGGGUGCUGA